AUGGCAGGUCAGCGGUUCAACCGCAUCGACUGGUUUGACUUCUUUCCGGUCAAGGACCGUCUGUUGCAGGGCCUCGACGGGGCUAACGUGCUCCUCGUCGACGUGGGCGGAGGACGUGGCCAUAGGCUGCAGAGAUUCCGGUCUCGGUUCCCCGACGACACUCGUACCACGACAUUAGUGCUCCAAGAUCUGCCCGACGUGAUUGAUGCUGCAGACGACCUGGAUGAAGGGAUAGUGAAGAUGGCGCAUGACUUUUUCACCCUGCAGCCCAUCAAAGGUGAACCUUCCUCCCUUUCUUCUUCCAUUGCACAUUGGCAUUCUGCCUCUUUCUCCUACAGGCCUAGCCUGCCCAUCCGAGGCGUGCGAGCGUACUAUUUUCGCUCCAUCUUCCACAACUGGCCGGAUUCCAAGUGUAGGGAGAUCCUGGCCCAGAUUCGUCCCGCCAUGACCAGGGGGCACUCGCGGAUCUUCAUCAACGACUGGAUCCUCCCAGACCAGGGAGCGGCCCUCUAUCCCAGCCUCCUCGACAUCAACAUGAUGACCUUGUUUUCCAGCAUGGAGAGGACGGAGACGCAGUGGCGCACCUUGAUUGAGAGCGUCGAUGGAGCAUCCCGGAGACGGAAGGGUGUAUUGAGAUUGAGCUGGUCUGGAAAUAUCGCGAAAACUUCCUUUGUCUGA